CGAAGCGCGCAGCAAUCGACAGCUCUGGUGGCGCUCCGCGCUCCCGCGCUUCAGUGUAGAUUCUUUGUCGAUUUAAAAGGGUUAACGCGGACGGGCGUGUCCGGCGUCGAGGAAGUGCGCGAGAUCACAUUUCUAUAAAAUUUGCCCGGGAUAAUUGUGUCGUUGCGCAAACAUCGUUCGCGAGUUCUCGCGACGAUGAGUUGCUGCGCGUCAACGAAAUGACGUCAAAACAGAGCUGGCCGUUCGACAUCGAUCGGCUCUCCGAUGCGGUAAACGGCUUACAGAAAUGUCUGGAGUGCACGAUAUGUUUGGAGCUUAUGACAACACCUGUAAAGACACGAUGUGGCCAUUCGUUUUGUAAAAAAUGCAUAGGAAAGGUCUUGCACCAGAAGGCUUGUUGUCCAUUAUGCAAUGAGAUCCUUAACAAACGCAGCAUAUCUAAGGAUGAUCAUCUGGAGUCAUGUAUCCAGAAGUUCAAGAACCUCAUGAUUGUCAUUCAAAUUGACAGUCACAUUGAUGUACUGUCGCACUCAAAGCAGCCGCGCGACACGAGAGAAUGCUACUCAAAUUCGGAUAGUAGUCAGUCUAGCGUCUCCCACAAGAGAAAACGGAUACGAUCGAUUCGCAGUAACCAGACUACCUUUGAGAUCAACAGACCGUCGACAAGCCGAAGGACGGUAACUGACUGUGAUAAUCCACAAUACGAUGCAAAUUCAUUGGCUGGAUAUGACCAAAGCUUAUCGACUCUGACCAACCUUCUUCCCACUGACGGCAAUGAUAACACGCUUUAUGAUACGCCAGAUGUUAAAGUUCGCACAUGGAUACACUCGUUCAUCGAAAGUACGUCGAGUACCACCAUCAAGGGUGUAGAGAAUGAAGUAUGUCCAAGCGAGGAGAACACGUCUCGAGUGAGCAAGAAGAGGAGACGAUCCAGUGACACAAGGAAGGCCGACUCGAGUAAAUUGAAGUACAAUGCGAUUCACAGUAAAGUACGCACGAAAGAUCGCAAGAGGUCCAUCCCAACGGAUGUUGGGAAACCGGACGUCGAAGAGCGUAACAGCAGAUCCCGGGAUGACUCAUCAUUCGCGACGUCGAGCAAUCAGACACAUCAGGCCGAUGCAUUCGACCGUUCGCACGGGACCAAUACACCCACGGUCGGUAACAAGCCGUCCUCCACGGAUACCACUUGGAGCCGCGUAAGGGAGAUCGGCAAGGAGAUGCGCGGGAAGAAGAAGAGAGUGAAGAAGUUGAGCGUCAGUACUGAGAGGAGUACCGGCAAGAACACCGAGAAGAGUAACGAGAGCCCCGAGAAGAAUAACGAGAGCAGGGAUGAGAAAAAUACGGAAAGCAACAAGAGUAAGAACGUUCCUCGUAUAAUAGAAGACAUCGUGUUGAUACCAAGGAAAAAAUACGAGUCACUUGAUAAGAGCGCGACGAAUGACGACACGAGCAACAAAGAGGCGAGCGUAUCUAAAAAGUCGCGGGAGUCGAACAGUUCGAAAUGGGACGCAAUUGAUGAAAAAUCGAGCUUGUCGAAUGCAAAAGUAAAGACAAACACGUCAGCGAAUGAAACCACGGCUCGCAAUCGGGAGGAAUCGUUUACGAGUGACAAAACGAACUGUUCGAUGUCUGAAGCUAAUCCUUGCUCGUUGGAAACAUCGUUGGUCAUCACGUUGGAAGAGGGUGAAAAGCUGCCUAUAAGGAAUCUCAACAGCCGUCAGAUGAAUGAGAUUAUCGGGUGCAAGGGAGAUCUUAAGGGCCUAGUUGACGACGCGAACACCUUGGAAAAGCGACAUCUCAUGAAGGAGAAAGACAAAGAGCAAAAGGAAGACGUGGAGAUUAUGAUGGAACCGUUCGACUCGCCGUCGCAUCAGCAAAGAUUGAUCAUACUGACGCCGGAGAAACUCAACGAGUCUGUAGACAAAUGCAGGGCGAACCACAACACUGACUUGCGAACUCCUGUGAGGUUGGAAACGAAUCCGACGUCGAGCUUGCCGACUGAGAGCCAAACUACUCCAAAUAUGAACAACGACGCUGGAAGGACGACGACGACGACUCCAGUAGAAGGGACGUCUGAUUUGCGAACACAAACAUUGAACAAAUCCAGGUUAUCCUUGAAGAGAACCCCGAAGACCUUGGGAUCGCCAUUGUUCAGCCAGACUCCGCUGAUGGAACGAAUAUCGAUCAACAAGUCAGUCAGCUUAAAGAGCCGUAAGAGCGUCGAUUUGCCAGUGUCGAAUGACGGUCCGUCCUUUGACCGAUUGGCGACUGUCAGACGCGACUUGAGCUCGCAAAUCAGCGAUAGGGAUCGUCCAUCAACCGACCAGGCUACGACUGCCGUCGGUAUGUCAACGAAAAGCACAGUCGAGGAUAACAACAGAAACGUUGGCGGAACUGUUUGCCAAGACAAAAGGCUCUCUAUACAAUCGACGAGCUCGAAGAAGUCGAGGCGUAUCGAUAGUCGGUCGCAUAAAGAAGGAUGUAAGUUUAUGCAGCUCGGCACACUGGUCAGACGGCGAGACGUGAAGUAUUAUUAUAAGGGCGCGACUAAAUGCGAGAUAUAUUUUCCGGCGAAAAUCCGAGUGGCCUCGGUGUACAAUAUGCAGCAGUCGGCCAGCAAAAGCGACAUGCAGCCACGCGCCGAGGACAAGUCACGCAGCUUCGAGUCUUUGCUUACGACUUUCAACGACUCGCAGGAUUCAACGGACGUCACUGUGGUGGAGAACGUGCACAAAUCGGCCGCGAGUCUGGACAACACCGUCUUAGAGAACACGAAACUCACGUACGGCGUCUCAGCGAGCUCAACGCCAAAGGCAAACGCGGAUCGUCGUCUUGAUCGUGCGGAGACCACAGCGCGAGGAAGCUCUUCGACGAGCGUCAUCCAUAAAACAUUGAUCGCGGAGGAGGCUCCACGAUCGCCUCGUACAUCUCGUGCGGACCAGAACGUGACGCAACAGGGGACUCCGCGGGCGAAUUCCAUCAGACUGUUGUCGCCGGACAAGGACUCGCAGCUCAAGUUCCUCACUAUGGACUCGCCGAUGAGUCAACACGGCCAGUCGAGGCUCGCGAGUUCCGCGCAAUCUGAACUCGAAAGAGGUUUGGCUUCUACCAAAGACAACAACCUAGUCGAGGUGAGAGACUCACAGCGGACCGUCAGACCGCUCGAGCCUCUCUCCGAGAGACUGGAGUCGGCUAAGAAGAGGAAGAGAGACGACAGCAACGAUGACGACAACGAUGACGGCAACUCCAGCGUCUCGGCGGUCAGCAUGAGUAGUCAAUGCACGGUCAAGCUCUGUCAAGACAAAAAAUCCCGCUUGAACUUGCCGUGCAAUCGAGGCGACGAAGUGAUCUGCUUGGAUCUCGACGACCGCAGCAAAGCACAUGAGAGAAAAUUCAAGAGGAUAGUCUCGAUCUCGGACUCAGAUACGGACACGGAAUCACUGUCGACACGCGUCGCGAAGAAGUCGAACAGAAACAAGAGUAGCGAUCGAUGUGACCAGGGGAAUGCGUCGAUCACGAGCACGUCUAAGAGGAAAAAAUUGUCGAAAAGAGUCUCGGACGAGGACUUCCGCAUCCGCAGCAUAGUCGACAAGUGGAGCAACGAGCACAGCGCGACACAAAAGAGACUGACCAAGGGGACGAAAAGCGCGCAGGAUGCCGCGAAGCCAACGAGGCUCAACGAGAAGAUAAAGAUUCACCGUCACUCAUCUUUCUCGACUAAUUCGUCCGAGGGUGCGAAGCGCGGCAGCGCGAAGUCGAACGAAAAGAACACCGAAUCGGAGCUGUUCUUCGAGAGUAACAGCAUAUUCAACUCGGAGGGUCUGGAGCAGCUCGUUGUGCGUCAAUCGAGCGACAAAUCGAACAAGGGCCGGAAAGAGCAGGAGUCAUCGAAUUCCAUAGAUCCCUUGGCCGACGACAUUGUCAACAAAGUGUUGCAGAUCAACCGGCCGCAGCAGAGUAAUCCCGCCGCGUGUCGAUCAACAGGCGUCACUUCGCGGGUAAACGACGACGGGACGAAUCAAAAGGACAAGAGCGAGCGCUACGAAUACAACUUGCUGCAGGACAAUUUCGACGAGAUCAUCGCGAGUGUCGAGCUACCGCAGAGCGAGGACGUGGUGCCUUGUAGCGAGCUGCCGGCUCACCGCAAUUCCGAUCGCAAUCUCAGCCGCACGCUGACGGAACAGAACACGUCGAGCUGUCCCGCGAUGACGAAUGAAUCGCGCGACGUCGCCCGGCACGGCCAGAUGAAACCUGCAUCGUCUACAGCCGACAUCUUCGAAUAUUGUGGCUACUCCGGCGGCAAAAGUGUCAAGAAGGCACACCCGACCAGCACCUCGGGAAAUUCCAACAAGGAGAAUAUCGUGUCCCACGGUCAAAGGAAACACGAUCACGCGGAGGAGGACCGAAGGGACAAGAAAAAUGUUGCCGCAAGAAGCCCGGACUCGAUUGACAAAGCCGGCCGUGAGAAGUCCGUGUCAAGAAAUAAUGUAUCACAAGAGAAGCGUGGGCCCUUUGAUCGCACCGAGAUGACGGAGAGGACGUCGCGGAUGGAGAUUAACGUUCCAGUGGGCUCGACAAGUCAAGCGGACCACGACGGCAGGGUGCAAGAGAGAGCGAAUAACGAGUCGAAUGCGAAAGAUUUUUCCUCCGAUUCUCUCAUGAACAUCACGCAACACCAGGAUCAACUGAGGAUGAUCGAGGAAGAUCUGUUCGGUAUCGCGCCUGCCUGGAUUGAUGCGAAAGCGUCCAAGACAAGUUCGGACGAUUCGCUUCGAGAGGAGCAACGCACCCCGAAAAAGAGGAAGAAAGGAGGCGUUCAUAAGAAGAAUGCGACGUCGCAGGAACACUCCGCCGACGAAGACGACAUUGUGGAGAACACGCCCGAGACGAAGAUGAGGAACAGCGGCAGUAGCGGCAAAACAGUCGGCUUGAGCACGCGCCGAAAUAUAACGACAUUGAACUAUGGGGAUCUGUCCCCGAUUCCGAGUUUCUCUGAACAGCCCAGCUCGACCACGUCCCCGCGCAAAAGGGCGACGUCGAGGAGCGAGCACGCGAGCACGCCUCUUUGCCAGCCCGAUUUGAUCCCAUAUCCGCUUUACCAAAGUACACCGAAGGUGACGUCCAGCUCGAUAACAUCCGGCCGCCGCGACGACGUGUCCACAACAGGCAACAUCAAGCAGCUCAGUAAGCGACGCGCGACAGCGGCCAGCGCUGACGACGAAGCAUCAUCGUCGACGACGAAGCAGACUACAAACGGCAACACAUCGAGGAACACGUGUCAGCAGGUUGACCGGGGCAGAUUGCGCUUCGUAUGCACCGGCUUGGCGGCGAUUCAGAUCGCGAACGUGCAGAGAUUUGCGCGACUACACAACGCCGAAUACGCGAAGCAGUUUGACCCGAGUGUGACGCACGUGAUCGUGAACACCAUCGGCGCGGAGAACGCGGCGAAGAGCACGCUCAAGUAUUUGCAAGGCAUCGCGCAUUGCAAGUGGGUCGUCAGCUACAAGUGGAUCGAGGAUUGCACUAGCGAGCGGCAGCUGUUACCUGAAUCCCCUUACGAGGCCACCACGCAAAGCGCCGAGAUCAAUGGGCCCGGGCCUCGGAACUCGCGACUCAGCCGCAAGGGUCUCUUCGAGGACUUCACGUUCUUGUGCGUUGGUCCGUACGACAACGUUUCGCUAAGUCAAUAUCAGGAUUUGUUACGCGCCACCGGAGCCACGGUGGUCAACUCUCUGCAGGCACUCGCCACCGAGAAGGGCUUGAGAGGUAUCGUGAUUCAGGGCGAUCAUCACGCAGAGAGCACGAUCGAAUCUUGGUACCGAGACGUUCGGGCACCGCCAAUUCUUAUCGACUGGAUCGUGGAGUGUAUCGGCCACUACAAACUCCUCCAGCUCAUCCCCUACAUUCAGACGCUGUCGCCACAGGAUUACUACGCGUUAGGCUAUCCACGGGAGAUCGUCGGGGAGGAAGAGUACAGCGACAUGUCCGCAUAAUUGACGCCAGUCGUCGGAUUCGUUUCCGAUCGCCGACUAGUCGUUCAUUACUAUCAGUUGAAUUAACGAAAUAAUUGCAAUUAUUUUAUUGGCGCAUUGACUACGCCACUGGAUCACAUAUAUUUCGUUUAGCAGUUGUUAUUUCGUCGAUACGCGUCCACUGCGCGCAAUUCAUCGUUCCUUAUUGUACGCCGUGACUGUAUUAACGAUGUCGUAAUUUAAGUUUUGUAAUUUCGUAAUAAAGAGUUCUCUAAUCAGGUUCCAGCAAAGACCGUCUAA